AUGGAGGAAGAAUGUGAGAACGAGACUGUUUAUACUCCACAGUCUGUUCUCACAAAUUUCAUUAAUUGCCAAGACGCAGAAAUAUUAGUACAAUGCGUUAAUUGCGUAACAGACUCUUUGGAAACUUGUGAUGAAGCUUUUAUUGAUCAUUACGUAAUUCCUGGCCUAAUCACUCUUAUAAAAUCAGAACUCGACGGUGUUCAAGAAGCUAUGGUUCAUGAAUUAUGUAAUUUUGGAGAAGUCCUAUUUGAAUUCUUUCCUGAUAUCGCAAAUAAUAUUCUCGCGGAUACAGUUAUUCCUCUUGUCAGUGAAAUUAUUUUAUCCUGCAAAUCAGAUUUAAUUGAUGGUUUAAGUUAUUCGUUUGCAGCGUUAGUUACUUUAAUAGAAAAAAAAGAUUUCCUUUCAAAGCAUUUACAAGUUUUGGUAUCCUUCUCGAAGAACCCGAACAAAGAUGUCAGAAUGACAUGUGUACAAAUUCUAUCUUUACUCAUUAAAUUUUUCGAUCCAAAAGAAUGGUAUCAACAGCUCUAUGAAAUGAUAUCUACCCUCGCCUCAGAUCAGCUAAGCUCAAUACGUACGCGCCUCCCGCAACUUAUUGCUUUAUACGCUAAGAAAAUAACCGAGCCCCUAGGCCGUUCUCAACUAACAGCCAGAUACAUUUUAUUUUGCAGAGAUUCCACAAGCUCUGUACGGCAGGCCGCUGCCGAAUAUUUAAUGACUUUAUCUGACGCAUUAGAUCCAAAUGAACGUUUCAUUAUGAUUAUGCCAGAAGUUAAUCUACUUUUGGUAGACCCAGUGGAGGCAGUCAGAACAGCCGCCUCCAAGAACUUAGGACAGAUUAUUUCUCUUAUUGGUGGAAGAUCAGAUAGUCAAAUUAUAGCAAAAUACUGUGCAUUACUUUUCUCACGUGACGCAACAACUCAAUUUUUGGCAGCUUAUUCUUUCUCCGGAGUCGCUUUGGCCCUCGGGACAAGCAGAUGGAGCAAAUUAGAGGCUGCUUACGAUAUAGCAUGCUCAUCCAAAUACCACAACGUUCGUCGAACACUUGCAUACGGUUUACAGGCAUUUGCCCAUCUCUUAGAUCCGAAUACAUUAGUUACAGUCUCAUCAACUUUUCUCAGGGACUUCCCUGUUGUUGCCCUCGGAGUUGUCUCAAGCUUACACAAGAUCCUCGAGAUUAUCGAGGACAAAAAAGGCUUGGUCGCUGGAAAAGAGUCACUUUUGUUCGCAUUACAGGAUCCAUCCCGAUACAAGAGCUGGCGCAUGCGAUUCCACGUCUCGGAGCAACUCCGCUACUGCUCAAAGUUCUAUGACAGCGAGGUCCUCUUCGAAAGCGCAAAAGACUUAGUGAAGGAUGACGUAUACCAGGUAAGAAAAGAUGCAGUUCUAUCGUUCUGUCACCUUUUAACCCAAGAACGGUUAUCGUUCAUUCCAAGUCUUAUUAGCAGCCCCAUCUACUGGGAGCGCGCAACGGCAGCGAAGAUCAUUGGAACUGCCGAUAUCGAACUUGGAAAGCAGAUGAUACCUGAUUUGAUCAAAUUGUGCCAUGACAAUGUAGCCAACGUUAGACUCGCUGCAGUUGACGCUGCAAAUAAGAUACUUGACCAUUUAGAAGGUGAUGAAAAGGCACAACUCAACAAAGUUAUUUCGGAACUUAGAAGCGAUCCAGAUUAUGAUGUUUCCAAUGCGGCUUAUAAUCUACCAUAG